CCUCUCGCUUCGUCGUCCUCACCGUUGUUGUUUCGAAACAGAGCUAACUUCACCAAGAAUCUCUCUGUUCUGCUUUGGUCGGAGAACUGUUAUCAUCAUGGUCGGAGUUCUUCUGGGUUUGCCUGGACAGUGGGCAGAAGACGAGCUCGAGUCUUCUGAUCACUACACAACUAAAAUCGGAGGUCUUCCGGAUUGGCCGCUAUUACCAGAUGAUGUAGUGAAACCAGAGCUGCUCAAUUGUUGUUCAUGUGGAAGUAAACUCUCCCUUGUAGCUCAGGUUUACUCCCCAAUCUCAACUGAAGAAGAGCGUACGCUCUAUAUCUUCGGUUGCUUGAUGCCUAAAUGUGGAGCUUCUGAACAAAGCUGGAGAGCUUUAAGCGUCCAGAAAGCUAUAAAGGAGAAAGAAUCUACUGAAACAGAGGAUCUUCCUGCUGCCUCACCUAAGGAUACACCUUCUAAAACUCAUUGGUUAGAUGAUGAUGAUGAAGAUUUUGAUUUUGAGAGUUUAGCUAAAGCCAUUGCGGAAGCUGCUACUACCGUUGCAUCCAACUCUAAGAAACCGAAGAGUAAACCGAGCGGCAGUGCUAGCUCAGGGACUAAAGCAAAGCCUUCACCUUUGAAAUCAGUGGAUCAGGUUAAAGUGGAGACUGGUCCGGUGCUUCCCUGCUUCUACAUUUACCCAAAGGAAGAGAAAGUCUCGAUAAAAGAUGUGGAUCGUGUCUCCAUGAGUUACUCUUCUAUGUCCAUUAAGGAUAAAGAACCAAGCAAGAACGAUGAGAGUGAAGCUGAAGAAGCUUGGGAGGAUGAGAAGUAUGAAUAUGACAAAGCUUUGAACGCAGACAGGACUUACCUCAAGUUCAAAAAACGACUAGAUGCGAACUCUGAGCAAUGCUUUAGGUACUCAUAUGGAGGUAAACCGUUGCUGGCCAGGGAAGACCUGAAGUCUCCUGAGAAGUGCAGACGUUGCGACUCUCCGAUGGUCUUUGAGAUGCAACUCAUGUCUCCUUUGAUAUAUUUUCUGCAUGAGGCUGUUGUUGAUGAAGGGCUGAAGCAAUCGUUGGAUAACUGGGAUUGGAUGACACUUAUUGUCUACACUUGUUCCAAGAGUUGUGCAACGGCUGUGAAUGGGGAUUGGGUUGUUGCUGAGGGGUGUAUAGCCGUACAGUAUGAGAAGCCAAUGAAUCUUGAUCAUGCUAGUUUCUUCAAAUGAAGUGAUUGGUUGAGAAGAUGUGUUGAAGUGAUUAUAGCUAAGAAUCUGGACAAACAUAUGGCAUGUGCCAUGGAACCCUUAAAGAUGAGGGAAGCUGUUCAAAAUUUUGUGUGUUUUUUUUGUUUAAACUUAUACGAGACAGAAACGAAUCUUUUUUCUAUGUAAUGUCUAAUUAAAAUAUUGGAUUGGUUUCGAUUAAGUU